AUGAACGAUCCCACUGCUCUUAAGCCGGUCGUAGGAGAGCCUCAGCUUAGCCACAAGGCGAUCGAGAUGAGAUCGCAAAGAAUGUUCAAGAGACGAGCGAAUGGAUCCCUCAAGGUCAGUGAGGUGGUUUUCAAAGAGUGGCAUGAGAAGGGAGCUCGAAGAACCCUCCUGGAAACCAUCUUCAGGCAGGCUACCUUUAUCUCCGAGGUGGAUGUCAUGCGACAGCAGAUGAUAGAGUCCGAAGUGGUGAUUGAGGGGGAGUUCGCAUCUGUUGAGACAAUGCAAGAAUGGGGCUUUACUGAGCAAAGGAUCGAGGCUAUCAAGGCCCACUGCCGGAGCAACCCGAGACAGCUGAUGCGAGACACAUACGAGAGCAUCACCUUGUAUUAUGUCGAGCGAUCGAUCAAGGGCAGCCUCCGGAGGAAGGCGACCCUCAGCAUGACCAAGAGUGCCAAGUGGCAGGAGGAAGGAGCCGACGGCUUCGACCUCAACGAUGACCCGACUGCCUUGGUGGACCCAGAGCAAG